GAUGUUGUGAAACACACAACUCGCAAUUUUCAGCCUAAAAAUGAAUGAACGAACGACGAAACAAGUGACAACAGCUCUAAUUGCUGGCGGAGUAGGCGUCGGACUGGUUCUUCUUCUCACCCGAUAUCGCAGAGACAUCCGAAGCUCGUUAUCGAAGUAUUUAUCAGCGAAAGAUAAAACUGAAAAAUUUUUAUCGAACAAACGAAUUGAGGUUGUUAGUUCUCCGGAAACGUGCAGAGCUGUAAUUAACACCAUAAAAGCUGACUGUAAAAAAUAUCCUGUGCUCGGUUUCGACACGGAAUGGGUGACCUUGAAUGGUGUUCGGCAGCCGAUUGCAUUGCUGCAACUUGCUACAGCCGAUGGAUUUUGCGCUCUACUGCGCCUUUGUUGUCUCAAGGAGAUUCCCGUGGAGCUCCGUGAUCUUCUCGAAGACGAAGACAUCUUAAAAGUCGGAGUUUCCCCGCAAAAUGACGGCAAAUAUUUAUCUCACGACUACGGAGCGGGCGUCGCUAGUACCUUGGAUUUGCGUUACAUGGCACAAGAAGCGCGGAUCACGCCUCAGGGCUUGGGAAAAAUGUCAAAAAGUGAGCUAGGCAUCGAAUUGAACAAAGAUUGGCGUAUCCGAGCAUCAAACUGGGAGGCAGAAACACUGAGCGAACAUCAAAUUGAGUAUGCGGCAAUGGAUGCCUUUGUCGGCAUUGAACUUUUUAAGAAUUUUGCCGAAAUAAUUAGUCCCAAAGGGCCUUUUACGAACCACACGAAGCACAUCAAGCAUGUCAUUGACGUGUGUGAACGAUAUUUGGAGAUAAAUUUCAAGGAAUCCAGCAGUCCGGUGACCGAAACAUCCUCGACGUCAUCAAAAUUGCUGGAAAAAAGCAAAAAAUCGAUCACAAAAGAGUUCAAACGUUACAAACAAAACACCUUGCGACGUCCAAUGUACGAUAAUAUCCACAUGUAUGCACCGGAUGGCGAGUUGUUGUGCACUUGUGAUCGCUCCAAAGCCGAUUGGUAUGUCAGUAAGGAACUGGCAGUGGUCCACACCGAAGAUCCUUACUCCAUCCGACUGACUUUUGAGCCUGCGGGACGUGCCGUGGGCGAAGUUGGCAAAUACUACACGAUCGCGAAGGAGAAUCGUUGUGUCGUUUGCGGUCGCGAAGACUCCCUUAUUCGGAAAAAUGUCGUCCCACGAGAUUAUAGAAUCCAUUUUACGCCCGUCAUGAAGGACCAUUGUAGUCACGAUGUGGUCUUGACUUGUACAACCUGCCAUCAAUUCAGCAACAUGUCCGAUUUCAAAAUGAGACAAUCUCUAGCGGAACUGUGUGAUGCCCCCUUGCAAGAUGGGCCGAACACAAAAUUAGUCGAAGUUGAUCAUUUGAAGCGACUUAAAUCCGCUUCACGAGCUCUUUUGUAUAACGGUCACAUGAUCCCGGUAGACCGUAAAAAAGUCUUGGAACAGGAAAUUUUGACACUUUUACCUGACGAAAAGUCAGUGACCCUUGAAUUACUCGAAGAAUAUGCGGAAAUCAACAUUUACAAAGAAAACGACAAUUAUGUGGCGCACGGCGAGAAAGUCGUCGAAUAUUUCAUGAACAACGGCGGAGGUCUAAUAAAUCUCGAACGAAUGUGGCGCGAGCAUUUUUUGAAAACAUUAAAGCCGAAAUAUCUGCCGGAAUUAUGGUCAGUCGAUCAUAAUGUGCAACGAUUGGAAAUUCGAGCGGAUGAAGGAAGGAUUGAAGUGGAAGAUUUAAUUACGGCAGGACUUGCUCCGGAACUCCUUGCGCAAAGCACACCGCAUGACAGCAUUUCCGAAUCAAGUGAAAAGAGCACUUUGGUCGAUGCAAGUUCCCUUCGAGAUACGGAAAUCACGUCGCAGGAAUAUUUGACGGCACGAACGUUUGAUGGAUUCGAUGAUGAGACCGAUGCGUCACUGAGUUCGUUCAAGUCGCUAGAUGCAACGCUAAGAUCGCCGGGCGGAGAUACGGUUUACAUGUCUGAUGAUAGUGACUCGACUCUUACACAACCUUCAUUAGAUUCAGAUUAGAUUUUUUAAAAUUAUUUUUCUUCGUUUUCCGUAAUAAAAUUGUACCCACGUGGCCAAAGUUCGUUAAUUUUUGUUUGUUUUUG